UUCAACCUCACGAAAAAUCUUUCUGUGAUAACUCUGUAGUUUUAUGUUUUGUGACCGUGCGAUGUGGCCUUAAGAAGUAGAAAAAUCCUUUUUUUUAAUCUAUUUUAUUUUAGGAUGUGUAUAGAGUGUGGUUUAGCAGCGGUGUUACUGUAUAUUUGCAAAAAGUUUAUGCAUUAGCUUCAGUGUCAUUUAGAUAUCACGAUGCGUAUCGGUUUUGUGUUAUACUGGUGCGUAUUUGCUUUUCAUCUGUGUAAAGCGGAUGAUGGGGAGAGGACAGAAUCUAGGGAGGGUGGGCGAAGGCCGCAGUGGGGGCCCAUGGUGCGAAGUGGUUCAUUCAUCAGCGAUUCAGCAAGUGCAGCGUCGAAUGAAAUAAUACUGGUCGAAGCAUGCAACAAUGAACCGUCGUGUCUCCAAGACCACGCCGGACUGGAGGCCAUCACUCAGCUGCAUAGACAGCUGGAUGAUGACGCGAACGGCAACGUCGACUUAAGUGAAAGUGAUGAUUUCCUACGCGAAGAGUUGCAAUAUGACAGCGGCUAUGAAAAGCGGCAACGCGCCUUCCAUCACAACGAUGAUAUGCACAUCUCGGUUAAGGAGCUCUGGGAGGCAUGGUUGCGGUCAGAGGUGCACAAUUGGACGGUGGAACAGACGGUGGAAUGGCUCUCCGAGUCAGUUGAUCUGCCACAGUACAAGACAUUGUUUCUACAACACCGCGUCACGGGAGCCACUCUGCCAAGAUUGGCGGUGAAUAACAUGCAGUACUUAAGCAAUGUUCUGGGAAUUAAGGAUCCAAUUCACAAACAGAAACUUGCUUUAAAAGCCAUGGAUGUCGUGCUUUUUGGACCCCCUAAAGAAGGCAGUCGAUGGAAAGACUGGUUACUGGCAUCUCUCCUGCUGGGCGCUGUAGUCGGCGGCUGGGCGGCGCUUCGUGCUGGCCGCGCAAGCCGCCAUCAAGUGCAACGUAUGCUGCGGGAUAUGGAACAGCUGAGGAAAGCUGAGAUGGCUCUCGAUGAUAUGCAGAAGGAGCUCGAGAAAGCUAGAUUGGAACAGGAAAAUGUGACUACUGAGAAGCAAAACCUAGAAAAGAAAUUACGAGAAGCUGGCGAUACGCCGCUUUUGAAUUCUGCCUCGUCUGAUCUCGAAGUGACGCAACUGAAAGCUGAAAUAGAAAUGCUUAGAGGUGAACUACGUCGAGCCGAAGGAGAACUUGAAGACAGAUGCUGGGCUCCUCCUCCAGGACUACAACAAUGGCUGCAACUGACCCAUGAGGUGGAAAACAGGUCAUACUUAAGAAAGAAACAGCAGGCAGACGGUCAAUUGCAACAGGCAAGGGAAGCGUGCGAGAAAUUGCGUAAGAAGCGGUCGAGUUUGGUUGGCGCGUUCGUGUCUACGCACGGGAAGUCGAUAGACGACGUGGACCGCUCCAUCGUGGAGGCGCGCACCGCACUCAACGAGGUCACGCAGGAGCUGCAGGAACGAAUGCAUCGAUGGAAACAAAUCGAGCGUCUCUGUGGCUUCAACAUAAUCAACAACAACGGCUUACAGUUCCUUGAGAGCACUUUGUACAGGACUGCUAAUGGACGACAAGGAAGAGUCCGUAUGAGCAGUUCCCAGGAUGACUUGAGUGUAGGCGACGAUACGUCUCUUUGCGGCUCAGUGACGGAAGCAUUUGGAUGGCGAGAGGAUUCGUCUGGCAGUGAAGAACCUGAUGCACCACAUUAUCCGUUAGAUCUAAGACUAGCCGAGGCCAGAUUACAAUUAGAAGAGAGGUUAGCACAAGAGGCAAGAGAGAAAAGACAAGACGAAAGGAGGGCAGAGGACAGGAGAGCAAUAGACGAACGCACGAGGAGCUCCUACAACGAUGUCAGGAAGAGUCCAACAGACGAGCGCAGGCGAGACCCCGUGCACUUCGUACUGGGGGGGGACAACGUGAACUGGACGGGCGAGGACCUCCCGCGCGCCGCGCACUCGGCGUCGCAGCCGCAGCUGCGCGCCGCCGCCCGCGCGCCGCUGCCCCCGCCGCGCCGCGCGCCCGCCGCCCCCGCCGCGCCCGCCGCCCCCGCCGGCGCCAUGCAGCGCUCGCGCAGCACGGACGUGGUGGCGGGCCCCGCGCGCGCCGCCGAGGAGGAGUCCACCGACUCGUCGCUCGUGGACGACGAGGGCGUGCCGAAGCCGCGCCGGCGCCGGAUCCACCUCCCGUUCGGCAAGAAGGCGAAGACCCCCGCGUGACCCCCCGGGGGAGCCCCCCGCCCGUCGACGAGUCGGCCCGGUGUCGUUUCGCACGUUUGCCUUUCGGUGUUAGUUGAAUUGCACGUAUUUAAUUCUUAUUUCGUGUCGUGUAAUGUUUUCGCUCC